AUGAGUGGUGGAUGGAAUACCAUUGAAUCCGAUGCGGGUGUUUUUACCUCCCUCAUCGAGAACCUCGGCGUCAAAGACGUCCAAUUCGAAGAACUCCUCACCCUCGACCCAUCCGAGCUUCUCACCCUGCAUCCCGUCUACGGCGUGAUAUUCCUCUUCAAGUACCCGACCGAUCAACCAUAUGCGACACCCGAGGGACCCCGCGACGGCUCCUUCGAUCACGCCGCCUCCGAGAACAUCUUCUUCGCCGCACAGACGAUCCAGAAUGCCUGUGCUACACAGGCCCUCCUCAGCGUGCUGCUGAACAAGACGAACGAUGUCGAGGUAGGCGAGCAGUUGGGCGACUUUAGAGAAUUCACCAUGGUGCUGCCACCUGAGUUCCGCGGUGAGGCGCUUAGUAACUCUGACCUCAUCCGGGAGGUGCACAACAGCUUUGCUCGCAGCAGCCCCUUUGCCGACGAGACGGAUAAGACGGGCGCAGAGGCGGAGGAUGCCUUCCAUUUUAUCGCCUACACACCUAUCAAUGGCACACUCUAUGAGCUCGACGGCCUGCAACCCGCUCCCAUUUCUCACGGUGCCUGCAGCUCUGAGGAUUUUUCUACAAAGGUCGUGGACGUUCUCCAGCGCCGAAUCGCACGAUACGAUAGCACCGAGAUCCGAUUCAACCUCCUCGCCAUGUGCCGAGACCUGCGACAGCGAGCGCGAGACUUUGGCGACGAGGAGCUGUUGGCGCGGGAAGAACGCAAGCGACGAGACUGGAUGUUUGAGAAUGCUCUGCGACGACACAACUUUGUUGGUUUUGCGGGUGAGGUGAUGAAGGGCGUCGUGCGUAGCAAGAUUGCCGAGGGCGGUGAUGCCGCGUGUGACAAGUGGGUAAAGGAGGGCCUGGAGAGGAGGAAGAAUGCGGAGCAAGCUUACAGAGGCCGAGCAGGAGCUGGUGGCGGCGACGGAGAUGGUGAUGUUGAUAUGGGUGCUUGA